AAUUGAUCAAUUUUAAUUUAAUAAAAGGUGAAGUGCGUGGCAUUGUUAGCGAGUAAGUCGGGAUCGUGGGUGCAGCAGCAGCAAAACAAAAUCCUUGAAAAAUGGCAUAGCCAACAUCAUCAUCAUCAACAACAACAACAAACUCAUCAUAUCUCCUCUAACCACGGAACUUUCUGAAUCUCUCUCUCUAAAGCGGUGUGUUUUGUUUUUGUCCACGUUUUACUGAAGAAUAGUGAAGAGUGGAAAGUAAUAAAUUGUUAAUUACAGAAAGUAAUAAUGUCGUCGUCGAAUUCGCCGUGUGCGGCGUGCAAGAUUCAGCGUCGGAAGUGCACGCAGGAGUGUGUUUUCGCGCCGUAUUUUCCGCCGGACAAUCCGCAGCGGUUCGCGUACGUGCACAAGGUGUUCGGGGCGAGCAACGUGGCCAAGCUACUCAACGAGCUUAACGCGGCGCAGCGCGAAGACGCGAUUAAGUCCUUAGCAUACGAGGCAGAAGCGCGUUUGCGGGACCCGGUGUAUGGCUGCGUGGGUCUGAUCUCCAUCCUCCAGCACAGACUCAAACAGCUGCAGAGCGAACUCCACCGCGCCAAAAAGGAACUCGCUUCCUACGUCGGACCCCAGGCCAUGCUUCCUCCUCCGCCUCCUCCCCCUCUGCUGCCACCACAGUCACCCCGCACUUUCUCGCUUUUCCCUUUCAAAACCGCACCCACCAAUCAGCAGGAUCUUUUCGGCUUCCACGACGAUGGCGGUGCUUCGGCUUCCCACGGUGUAUUGAACCACCACCUCGCCUUAUUCUCGCCUUCCCCCGCAGUUGAUCACGCGUUUUCUCACCCGCCGAUGCACUCUCUUGCACUUCCGCAUCACUCACACCUUACGCGUUCCCCUAUGCAACCCAGGCACCAAACUGAUCCGGCUUAGUUCUUCUCAAUUGGAGGCCAAAUGGGUGUAAAAGGAUGGAGAGACAACUCGAAGAAAGAGGAUGAAAGGUGGGGGAGAGAGACAAGGGAAGGGGUACAUGGGAAUGACCAAUCCUGCAUUGUUUUUUGGGUUUGAACUUUUUGAUGAUUUUCUAGGUAGAUGCAUCUUAGAAAGUAGGAUCUGUAUUGGUGUUAGAGAUCGAACGGUUUUUCUAGUAGAGAGAGCAACCGGACUUCUUUCGUCAAUUUUAAAAGAGGAGUAACAUACAAGAACAUUCUUCCACUCUAAA